GCAUUAUUAGAGGUACUAUCAGUUGACAAUGUAUGCGCCAACGCAUAGGGUCGUGUUUCGAUUGUGUUUUUAUUGUUGAUUUCUUUCGUGUUUUAUCUGGUAAAAUAAUUAUUCCACCUUGAGUUUCUUAGAAAUUUGGACAAUCAAGUGAAAAAUAGUAUUAACCAUGGGUCCUUAUACUUGUAAAGAGUGUUCAUCUUUGCAGACAAUGGAACAGAGUCACACUACAGUAAUAUCAAAUUCUUUAUCCAAUGGCAUGUCAAUGCAUAAGAACCAUUUUAAUGGUAAAAUCCCACCUAUGCCAUGGUUUGGUAUGGAUAUAGGUGGAACAUUAUCGAAACUCGUAUUUUUUGAACCCAAAGACUCGAUUACAGCACAAACUGAAGAUGAAACCCAACUCUUGUUCAAUGUUACCAAAUAUUUGACGAAGAAUUCGGCUUAUGGAAAAUCUGGACACAGAGAUGCACACCAACAGAUGGACAAUGUAAAAAUUUGCAACAGGAUAGGUACAUUGCAUUUUAUCAGAUUCCCAACUAGUGAAAUGAACAAUUUUUUGGAACUGUCCAAGAAGAAAGGUAUGGCAGCUAGCGUAUCUACAGUUUGCGCUACUGGUGGUGGAGCAUUCAAAUUUGAAGACAUGUUUAAAAAUGAAUUAAAUUUAAAGUUGUGUAAAUGUGAUGAACUGGAUAGCUUGAUUCGUGGCUUAUUAUUUACAGUAGCUUCAAACAAUAAUGAAUGUUAUUUUUGGUCACAAUGUACUGAAGACGAGCAGUGUUCAACACAAGAAUACACAUUCCAGUAUAAUAAAUAUCCAUUUAUUGUUGUGAAUAUAGGUUCUGGUGUAAGUGUGUUGGCAGUUUAUGGUCCAAAUAAUUAUAAGAGAAUAUCUGGAACGAGUAUAGGAGGUGGUACAUUUUUGGGAUUAUGUAGUUUAUUGACUGGAUGUAAUACAUUUGAUGAGGCAAUUGAAUUGGCCGCAAAUGGUGAUAAUGUUAAAGUUGAUAAAUUGGUUCGAGAUAUCUAUGGAGGUAGUUAUAGUAGAUUUGGCCUGCCUGGAGAACUAGUUGCUAGCAGUUUUGGUCAUAUGAACUCUAAGGAGAAACGUGCUCAGGUUUCUAGGGAAGAUUUAGCUAGAGCAACCUUAGUUACAAUUACAAACAACAUUGCAUCGAUUGCAAGAAUGUGUGCUUUAAAUGAAAGAAUUGAUAGAGUGUGUUUUGUUGGUAAUUUCUUGCGUGUAAAUCCAAUAUCAAUGAAAUUAUUGUCACAUGCCAUGGAUUAUUGGUCAAAUGGUUCACAGAAAGCUAUUUUUUUAAAUCAUGAGGGUUACUUUGGUGCAAUUGGAUGUUUGUUGUCAUUUGACGAGAGAUUUAAAGAGUAACAAAAUAUUGUUCAAUACAUUCCACGUUGCCAAUCCAUUUUGAUUUAACCAAGUUGUGUGUACUGUAUAGUACAUUAUGAAUAUAUAUUUUCAUAAUUAUUCAUAUUAUACUGACCCGGAUAGAAAUUAUUAAUUAAUAUUAAUUUAUUUUAUUUUUAAAACAGCACAUUGCACAUUGGUAAUUUAUUUUGGUGAU